UUUCAUUCAUAAAAAAUGACACAUGUCAUAUAGUGGCGAUUUGUGUGUUGACGUUUUUACGAAGCUUCUUUGCUAGAUUAUUAAAUUAUUAUAACGAAUCAUAUCAGAACAUCUUAAUUUACAACAGUAAUUUAUGAAUAACUUCGAUCGCAGUGUUCAGUGUUUCGCUGAAUUUGACAUAAGAGUGGCAAAUGUUUUAUAAUCAAAAUGUACUUUCCAAUAGGAUGGCCCAAAGUUCUGAAAAAUCUGGGUGCAGAUAAUCAAAUUAUAAAACAAAUCGUUUCGAAUAGAGACAAGAUAUUGUUUGCUUCACUGAGCGAUGACUGCCUCGCAGUGUGGUUCUGCAAGCCAACAGUACCCAUAGUGUACCACAAGAGGAGUACAGAAUCUCUUCAGCGACUCGGCGUCAAUGUUGGAGUGGAGUGGAAACCCGACUCAUCUAUGAUAUGUAUUUCUACAUCGGAAGGUCAUCUCAUACUGUACAAUGUAGAAGCCCACAGUGAACAGACAGCGUAUCAGCAAUAUGACCCGCCCACCGCAAGCUUGAGACGAGACUCCGCUGAACUCUUCGUCAAGGAAGUUAUACCAUCACUGAAAAUCACCUUGUUAAAAGAAGUAUUAGUAUGGGAUGGUCAGAUCACUCGCAUGUGCUGUAUAUCAGGCACCGAGAUCCUUGUCUGUACCACACGAGCCCACUUACUGCGGUACCGAUGGGACGGCACACAGAACCGGGACUACUGUCUUGAUCUUGGAAGAAUACCAUUUUCUAUUAAUCAACAAGUUUCUAAGGCUGAGCCAAUAUUAGAAGACAAUACACAUGUAAAUGAUAUAGAAUAUUCCCCACUAGUGUGUGGUUUUGGGAUAACACUGAAUGAUGGACGGGCGGCGUAUCUCACCGCGCCUAAUCUCAAGUUUGAUCCUAAUGCGGUGCAAGGUAUUUGGGCUCCUGGCAUCGAUGACGCGACUUGCGCAAGAGUCAACCAUAAGUUUAGAUUAAUUGCUAUUGGCAGGAAAAAUUCUCAAGUGGAUGUGUUCACGAUAGACGAGGCUACGGGCGGCUUGGAGCUGUCGCACACUAUGGUGCUCAGCUCCAAGGACUUCCCCGGCGAUCCUGGACCUGUUAAAUGUAUGAGAUGGACGGCGGACGGUCGUGCAGUAGCCGUGAGCUGGGAGCGCGGCGUGUCGGUAUGGAGCACGUUCGGAGCCCUGCUCAUGUGUUCGUUAGCGUGGGACUAUGGACUCAACCAAGACUUGGGCAAGUCCAACCCAUUGGUCGUGUCUAGUUUAGAGUGGGCGACAGAAGGCUACCAGCUUUGGAUGGUAAAAGUGGAAAGCGAUACGAGUACUAACAUCAUUCAAUUGGAUUUCGUCAAGAGUCCACUCAGCGUUAAUCCUUGCAUGAGCAACCAAAGACACCUCUACUUACAAGCGGACGAUAAACUCUACGUGAACUUAGAGGACAACUUAACCAAACGAACUAAGAUCUCCAUCAUCGACUCUUCAUCAGAACUGUACCAGGCAGAGAAUGGGUUACCCGACCAGCCCAACUUGGAGUAUGAGAGCAGUACUAAUUACAGGGAGUUUGUGGAUGAUAAUGAGUGCAGGAAACAGUGGAUCGUGUUGCCGCUGCCAGCUACUUAUAUUGCUACUAAUUGGCCUUUGAGGUACAGCGCCAUAGACGAGGCGGGCGUGAACGUGUGCGUGGCAGGCCGCACGGGGCUGGCGCACUACAACUGCCUCGCGCGGCGCUGGAAGCUCUUCGGCAACGAGGCGCAGGAGAAGGACUUCGUGGUGGCCGGCGGCAUGCUGUGGUGGAGAGACUACGUCGUCAUAGGUUGCUACAGCAUCCUAGACGGCCACGACGAGAUCCGUUUCUACCCACGAGAAGCAAAACUCGACAACAAGUUUGCUAAGAUCGUCCGCGUGCAGUCCCAAGUGUUCGUGCUAGACAUACUGGAUGAUCAGCUCGUCGUGUUCGGCGCUGAUGCCCUCGUCACCAUCUACGAGCUCAACUGUCUCGAUAACGCGGGCAACAUAGAGAUGCGGUGCGUGCAGGCUGUGGACGUGUCGGCGCUGUCGCACCCCGCGUGCGUGGUGUCGGCGUCGUUGUGUCGCCUGCAGGACCCGCCGCGCCACCGCUCCUCCACCGUCUGCCUGCCCGUGCAGCGCCAGCCUGACUCGCUUGUGAUAAAUGCUAGCGGGAAGCUGAUGAUGGUUCAAAGAGAAGAGUAUGAUGUUGAUGAAGACAAUAAUCCGGCUUACAGCUGCCUUCCAGCCACAGUCCUCGCCUCUUGCGUGGAAAGUGUCUGGUCAUGUGGCAGCGUCUCCGGCUCCCAGACCCAGCUGUCCCGAGCUCUAUGGCUGUGGUGUGGAGCCCUAGGCGCGAGGGUGUGGCUGCCUCUGCUGCCGAGAGACGCCACCAGACACCCCGACUCGGGGAGACAUACGUUCAUGGCUAAGAGGAUCAUGCUACCUUUCCAUCUGAAUAUUUAUCCACUGACAAUUUUAUUCGACGACGCUAUCCUCCUGGGCGCUGAGAACGACACAACGCUGUACGCUUCUGACUCAAACUCAGUGUUCUCCUUACCAUUCUGCGUUGUCAAUAGAACGAGCCAAGUCUACCUACACCAAAUUCUACGACAGCUACUUCGCCGUAACCUAGGAUACCAUGCCUGGGAGAUCGCGAGGUCCUGUUCACAGCUCGCGUACUUCCCGCACUCCUUGGAACUGCUGCUGCAUGAGGUGUUGGAGGAAGAGGCCACGAGUAAGGAGCCCAUACCAGAUGCACAGCUGCCCUCGAUUAUAGAGUUCGUGCAUGAGUUUCCCGUGUAUUUGCAGACUGUAGUGCAAUGCGCAAGAAAAACAGAAAUUGCGCUAUGGGCGUAUCUAUUCUCAGCAGCCGGAAAACCAAAGGAAUUGUUCCAAGAAUGUCUGCACCGCAAGAUGUUGGACACAGCGGCUUCAUAUUUGAUCAUAUUACAGAACUUGGAAAGUUCAGCGGUGAGCAGACAGCUGGCGACGCAACUCCUGGACACGGCGCUGCAGCAGGAGAGGUGGGAUCUCGCCAGGGAUCUCGUCAGAUUCCUCAGGGCUAUAGAUCCUAACGACGUGGAUUCACCGCGGAACUCGGUGAACGUUCAAGCGAAGUAUGGACAAGUGGUGCAGUCGCAGACUGUCAGCCCCAACGCCGAGGACUUGUCCGUUAUAUUGGGCAGUAUGCAGUUGGCAGGUGGUCGUGGACGCAGCUUCAGCACGACAGUGUCUCCGCGCGAGCCGUCGCCCCCCGCGCACGCGCCGCCGCCCCCCGCGCCGCCACCACAUGCCCCUCCUGCUAGAGCCACAGCUGCUGUUAAGAGGAAGAAGUCGGUGCCUGCUAGGGCUGACAGGGAUUCAUACAGCGGUACAGCCGAAGAGUUCUUCAUAGACAUGAUGAUACAACGUCACGCGCGUCUCCUCCUAUCCACCGCCCGACUCUACGCACUAGGCAAGAUGGCCGCCGCGUUAGACUUACAUCUCGUCGCGUGGCUCGCCGGCGAGAGGGAACGGGCGGCUAGAGUAGAUAGUGCGGUGUUGUGUGUGAAGAGACUGCAUGAAGACUUCGCCUGGCCCUACCCUGUGGUCAAUGACGCGGAGCAGUACUUGCAGAGGAAAGGCAGCACUGUUACAAGUUCAUAUACGCCGUCAGCGGAAUCAGACAGCUUAUGUGGUGAUAGCGGCUACAUGAGCCUACCGUUACGCGCCGCAUUGCCUCUGAUGACCGGCGCCGUUCCCGUCUCGCCUGGACCUGUCAGUUCAGCGGGCGAAGGCAGCGUAGCUGAAGGCGGUGGCGUGGCGUGGGCAGGCGAAGCCCUAGGUGCGGGUGAAGAGCGACGGUAUGCCGCGCUCAUGGAACGCUUGCAUCAUCACCAGGCUGAACGAGGCUCUCAUACUUCACAUGUGCAGCUCAGAUAUUACCUCCAACUGAUGACAGAAGCCAGCUGCGUAGAAUGGGCAGUGGUAGUAGCAGUAGUACUACGUGACGCGCUGGCCGUUUUGCGGACGACCAACGCGGCGCGGGGAAACGAUGUUAGUCUGGAUGCUGUUCGACGCCUGCGCAGGGCUCUGCAGGACAUAUGCGCUUGGACUGAUGCUGAGUGUCUCGGCUACAAACCAUUUAUGAUGGCGAUAAGCAACCAAAUCCCAUUCCUAACAUCGAUCAUCAACUCGCGAGAACGUCGGAUAUCGAUGUCUAAGACUCGCGUGCGGACUUCAAGCACCAGUUCUUUGGGAGCUGAAGUUAAGCCAAAGCCACAGACUCAAGAAGCCAAGCUGCCUCCACCACAGAAGGCGGAAGUGUCGAAGCAGGCGGGGAGGAAGGAGUCGGCGGGGGCGGAGCCUCCCCUCCGUGACGGUAUCCCCACCCCGCCCCCUCCUGCGCCUGCGCGGGACGACGUGUCCACCGGCUGCGUGCUCAUGUAAUACUUAAUUUUGGAAAGUAUGUAUAAGGAAAAGACUCGUGUCAGUAUCAAUUUUACAAAGUCUGUGUCAUGGCGGCAAUGAAAGCGAAAGUGUUUGUUAAGUUGUAUGUCUCGUAAAAUGGCUACUGUCACGAGUUUUUUAGUCUGGUAACAUUUUUGUCAGAACUGAAAAUUCUGAUGAAACUUGGUUUUCUUCUACAAACAGUAGAACUAGCAUAGUUAGACGUCAGUCGAGAUUUAGAUAGUCGUUAAAAUUAAGAAUAAAAUUUUAUUAAUUUAAUACAUUUCGUACUUUCGUACUCUAGAAACUUUCUUGUAUAAUGUAAUUUUUCACUUCGUCUCGACAUUUCUAAUCAAUGUUCUUUCUUGAAUUGUUUUGUAAAUAUUUAGGUAAAAUUAAAUGAAUCUUUAUAGUAAGUGACUUUUUCAACCUUAUGAAAAUAAAAUUAAUAUUAUGAUCAUUUUGGUGCUGAAUAAUGUAUACAUCUCAAUAUUUAUUUGUGUAAAUUGAAUUCAUUAUUAUUUAUUUAUUCUCUAGUCUAUUAGUAAUGUUUAAUAAUUUAUUUCUAUCAAUCAAUGGAGAGGCCGUGGUCUAGAUUUGUGGGUUCAAAAUAUUAAAUAACGAGAUACCUCGAACCUUUUGGAGGGGGUCAUAUUUUUGUAUUAUUUUUAUUAGACAAUGCCUGGUAUUUGAAAUUUUCCUAAGCACCUCUUUUCUUUGCUCUUCCCGUCCCUAUGUCUCUAGACCGUGGACUCGAAUUAAACUAAUUUCAUUAUUAUCUAUUUGUAUAUUCAUUACUGUACUUAUACAUAAAUAAGUAUUAGUAGGUAUGAAGGGCCUUACUACAAAAACUUUAAACCCUGUUUUACACUUGUCUAAUAAAAUUUUGGCUGCAAAAUGAACCAUAUGUCAACGUCAUAAUUUGACAUUUUUUUAGACAAGGCAUAAACUGACGUUAAAAAGUUUUUGUGGUAAGACGGUUAGUGGUUAAAAUUAAAUUAUCUCAUAUUUAAUUUGAAUUGGAAGCAAAUAGUGUGUUCGUAGAUAUUACUGUCAUUAUGUACGAUAUUAGUAUGAAUUUAUUGUUUAAUAUUAUCGUCAUUGUUUGGUGUAUAAGUAGCGAGUUAUAUGUAGUGAAUAUUAGGUAGAAUUGUGGUAGAUUCGAUACCAAAGACGAGAAAACUUACAAAGAGAAUAAACCACUAUUUUAACUUUUGAAGACACCAUAAAAAUGAACAAGUUUUCUUGUCUUUGGAGCUAUAUUAAAACCAUAAAAUGGCAACUGUCUAGAUCGCCCCACUGCCAAAUAAUCAGAAUUUCUGUUAAAGAAAAUAAAAUAAGGUGAUUGAUGUGUUUCCUAUUUCGCAUAGUGAAGUUAAAAUUAGAAUAUAUAAUGUAACAGUUCGAAUCGAUUAGAUUUUUUUUAUGGGGCAGCCUCUAGCGAUCUAGUAACAACGGGAUCUAGGCUUUGAGUGCUCCAAUCAAAUCUACAGGUAUUUUUUACCGACUGCCUAGAAGGGUUUGUUGUUUUUUGCGCGUAUCUUGUUUCAACUCAAAAGACAACAAAAAAAAUCUUUAAGAAUAAAACAAAACAUAGUUCUCAAACUUGUUUCUAAACAAGCAAUAAAGACAACUUUCAAAGAUUUAUCGAACUUAUUUUCUCGUCACUGCACUCAGAGCCUCGAUCUUAACAAUUAGAUCGCACAUUUUAUAUACUAACAGUACAAGUAGAUGUAGAUAAACAUAUUAUUACAAUAUUAAUUAUUAUUUAAUUUAAUAGACACUAUAAUUCACAUUUAAAUCGUCCAUUACAGCAAUAACAUUGGUUUAGUGUUGUGAUGUAUUUUGCUCAUUUUCGUGAUGCGAAUUAUUAUUUUUUUGUGUUGCUCAACUUAUAAUCUCGACGUUUUAUUUAUUGCUCACAACCAUUAAUUGAAUAGCUGAAUAUUUUUACAUUAUUUUCACACUACGAUAUAGCUGUGAUAAAUUAUUCUGAGAUAAAGAUGUUACACCUUUUAGGCUGACUGAAAGCCGCUAUUAUCGAUAGUUUUGAUAAAGUUUCAAAUAAAUAUGUGAACAAGAACUUUAAUGAAUAGUACUUCAGAAUUUGAUGCUGUUUGAGUACAUCAAUUUCAAUUAUAAAAUUCGAUAGGUACUUCACCAUGGAGGUCCUAUCAAACACAAUAUGACGUUACACGCAGCUCAGCUUUAAAUCGUUUCCCGCCAUCUCGGUGCCAAUUUUUCUUAAUAGUAUCCCCCGAAAUAAAUUAUAAUUAUUUUCAUAACUUAUUAAUGUUUAAAAUGCCGAUUAGUACAAAACAUUUGAUUUUGUUGUGACCAUAAUAAAAAUUUACAAAUUUUUAUUUUAUAAGUAUAACAAUAUCUUCAUAGUCAUCUUUAUUUUUAAGUUAUAUUUUCUUCAGAUGAUAUUAUUUAGUUAGGUAAUUUAUGUGGAUUGAGACGCGCUGAUAAUGGCAAGAUUUGCUUUAUAAAUUGGUUUUACUGUCUAAAACAGUCAAUUUGGUAAUUCUGUGGUGGAUUUAUCCCAUUCCGUAUUUGUCAUCUACUCUAUACCAUAGACUUUAUAAGAGUUCAUACAAAAGCUAAAUCCUUCUUUUAACGCGGACAAAUCCAGCACCGAUCAAACCCAUUUGCCAUUUUCAGCAAGUUUCUUUUUGUAGAUAUUAUAAUUAUUGUAUUAUAAAAAUAAAUCUAGUAAUGUCAACUUACUAAGAAUUUAAUAUGGGUCAUUCCAAAUUAACUUUGUGAAUUAAAAUAGCAAUAAUAUUCAUCAUUCCUUUUACAGUUGUAGUUUAGUAAGAUAAUUAGGUCAAUUAUUAAAUGAGUGUAAGCGAAUUAAAUGGGGCAACAUCGUUAUUUUUUCAAGUCAUCUGAUAUUUAUACCGGUGCUAACAUAGUUUAAAGAGAGAGCCAAAUAGCAAAUAUAUUUUGGUUCAAUGUUGAUAUGCAAUUUUUAAUUUUAGUUGUAAGUUUGAACGUAUCAAAGAAUACAGAUUUUAAUCAGGUCCACAAAAAUACUUUUGGGGUCAUCAGCAUGAAGGUGCACUUACACCAUAUCUAUAAUGCAAGCACUAAAGUUAGAGCAAGAGCAUUCUUGUCGAACGAAAUCAUUUUUUUUACGUUCAAACAUUCAUUAGAUAAUUUCAUAUGCUAUAGGGUGUUAUUACUAUAAUAUCCUGCAAUCAACUUAACUAUGCUGAGGAUCUAUUUAGACGUACAUAACAAGACACACCUGUCGAAUUUGCAAUGCCAAAAAUAUUUACUUUUGGCCUCACCAAACUUGAUGGCGGUUCGCAACUAUGUUCGCAUGCGACUCAUAUAUAUGGCGCAGUGUCUCGCGUGAUGUUCCGAAUCGACAAAAAGUUUGAUGAUAACUAUUCCUGGCUACAUUCAUACGACAAGGUGUGGUGGUGAAUUAAAUUGUGGCAGUCUGAAUAGGUCUUAUCCUGUUGAGUUAAACGUUGCAAUUGGUAGUUACUAAUUAAUUAUGAACCACAAUAUGCAUGUAAUUUUUUUAUUCCGUAUAGAAUUUUGGUGUUCUAGUUUUUUACCCUGAGUAGCGUAGCGCUAAGUAGUAAAUGCGUUGCGUCCGAAAACACAUUUCAAGUGGUUUAAUAACUAACCGGAUUUCAUCCCUCACCCUUAUUUAAUUUGGAUGUUUAUCGUUGUAAUUUUUAUAACAAAAUUUGUAAUUGUCAAUUUGGUGUUAAAAAAUUAAAGUAAAUAACACUUU